GCUCGGGUCGUUGCCCUCUCUGCCUCCGUCUCGUUUCUCCACAUUCUGACUCCGUUACUUCAGCUCGGCACAACGAGGUUUCUCCGACCAGCCGGGACCAUGUUCUCGUGUCUGAGACUGUCCCUGGGCCUCCUGCUGCUUCACCUCACCACCGCUCACGUUUUUUUGGACGAGCAGGCGGCCAGCCAGGUUCUGAUCCGGCGGAUACGCGCCAACCACUUCUUUGAAGAGGUUAAAAAGGGUAACCACGAGAGGGAGUGCGUCGAGGAGCGUUGCAGCUGGGAGGAAGCACGAGAGAUAUUUGAAGACAAAGAGAAAACUAAUGAGUUCUGGGCCGUUUAUGUUGAUGGCGACGCCUGCAAGUCGAACCCAUGUGCUCAUGGAGGACAGUGCAAAGACGGGAUUGGAAGCUACGCCUGCUACUGCCAGGAGGGAUACAAGGGCUUCAGAUGUGAAAUCGUUAUUCCUGAGCUCUGUGAAAACAAAAAUGGCGGCUGUGAACACUUCUGCAAUGUUGACGGCGGAAACGUUCGGUGCUCCUGCGCUGACGGAUAUUUUCUGGCACCGGACGACAAAUCCUGCAUGUCCAACAAACCUUUUAAAUGUGGUGCCAUCGUAUCCGACAGCGUCCGGACCAUUUUCCGAUAUGAGCGACAGAACGUCUCGGAGACGAACGUCACAGAGCUGAAGGCCGUCACAAACUCCACAGAGGCAAAGCAGGAGCUCCUUGAUCCGUCCUCACCAGCAAACACCAGCCAGAUCCGGUCUGAUGACUUUAUUUUUGAAAAUAAGAUAGUCCCUCAAAGGGCCACGCAAACUCGUAUUGUGAACGGAGAGGACUGUCCACCAGGACAGUGUCCAUGGCAGGCUCUCAUCCUGAAUGAGGACAACCAAGGCUUCUGUGGAGGGACGAUCCUUAACGAGUACAUCAUCCUGACCGCCGCCCACUGCAUGAACCAAUCACAUUACAUCUCCGUUAGACUUGGCGAGUUUGACACGCUGGUAAACGAAGGUACUGAAUCCAUGCACGAGGUGGACGCCAUCAUCUCCCACUUCAACUAUAAACCAGUCACCUACCAUAACGACAUCGCCCUCAUCAAACUGGCCACGCCCAUCAAGUUCUCCAAUUUUAUCCUGCCUGCCUGCAUACCAGAGAUGGACUUUGCUGAGAAGGUCCUGAUGCGCCAGCCAGAAGGUUUGGUCAGCGGUUUUGGACGUCUUGGCGAGGGACGUCAAGCUUCCACCACCAUGCAGCGCCUCUCUGUACCCUACGUGGAUCGUCACACUUGCAUGGAAUCCACUCAGCUGCGAAUCACAACACGCAUGUUCUGCGCCGGCUACGACACAAUAGCCAAGGAUGCCUGCCAGGGCGACAGCGGCGGGCCGCACGUCACACGCUACCAUGACACCUACUUCAUCACUGGUAUUGUGAGCUGGGGAGAGGGCUGCGCACGCAAAGGCAAAUAUGGUGUCUACACACAAGUGUCCAAGUAUAUUCAAUGGAUCCAUAAUGGCAUCAACACACUGAUGUCCACAGGGAAGAGCAGCAGACGAAAGAGACACCACGGCAACAUCACAAGGCUGUAUCUUUGAAAUACCUGUAUUCAUACAGUGAGCAGAGAUUAGUCAUAUUUUGUAAAAUUACCUCUUAAAAAACAGAGACCAUAACUAGCUGCUCACUUUAGCAGGCCAACAUUAGCCCUAAUGGAGUUCCUCAAGGCUGUAACCUCGGCCUCUUACAUUUGUCUUUUUUCCUUUAGGCUACAAAGAUGAUUUAAGCAUCUGAGGGACAGCAGAAAGAUUUAUAAACCAAAAACAAAUCUGAAUUUAUUUUUAUUUGAAGAUGCUAGAUUCAAUAAAUGUUUUAUUUGUCCUUCGUUAUCUCUGUCGUUUUUUAUGUCCAGCUUUGUGAUUGAUUUGCAGACACAUUCUGUUUUAAAACAAAGUAAACUGUCUCAUUAAAGCUGAACUCCUGGUUUUCUAGCUAUCCGUACAGAAUUAUUAAAAGUUUGGAAUAAUUUUAAUGGUUGUUUUUAUUACCAGUAGUUCAAAUUAGCAUU